AUGAAAGACGUAAAAGUUCACCCAGAUACAAUUGUUCCUGUCCGUCAACCUAAAGGACCUGAAAUGACUAGAAAUUUUGCUACUCGAAUUCGUCGUAAAGCUGUCAACAAGAUUCAUGCUGCUACUGCUGAAAGAAGAAGUAAAUCUGCUGCUGACAGGAGAAAAUCUGCGAUGUUUUAA